AUGGUUGACAAGUCCAUGCGGUGCGCGAACAAGGCCGCCGAGAGCGCGUCUGCACGUCUCUGUGCGGACGCCGAAGCAGAAACUACAGCAACUGAUGUCCCAUCGGUUGCUGAAUCGACUCAGCCUGUAUCACCUGGUGAUGCAGGCGCUGGUCAUGAAGACACUCGUGUCUUCACAGAGUACGAGCUCGGUGUCUCGUACUCUCCUGAUACGGAUGACGGAUCCGUAUCGACGGCAAUUGAAUCCAAGCCGCCUGCCAAGCGUGGCAUGGACGAUGCUUUGCGUCGCAGCAUCUUUGGUUCAUCUGAUGAGUCAGAUGAACCAUCGCCGAAGCGAAGGCGCUCGAGGUCGCGAGACUCGGGCGCUAAUAGUGGUGUCGUUUCUCCAAUGGACACCACUUCACAGCGAGGUGCCAGUACUUCUGUCGGCACGUCGCAGGAAGAGCGGGACCGCAAUGUGUUGCGUCUCGCUCCAGAAAAGAAGGCAUGGAUGCCUCCUAAAUCUGUCAUGGAUCACUUGUCGGCGACGACGAGUGAUCGUUAUCGAACACGAUUGUUCGAUUCGUCGAGGAUUCAUCACCUUGACCCCAGCGCGAAAGACUAUCGCGCUGAACAUGAGUUCUUCAUCGAUGCUUUCUUCAGACAUCGAUGGUACAGUGGGAAUCACAAACGUGAUGGUCCCUCACUACUUCAGGCGUGGAACGCCUACAUCCAUAAUCUCGAGGAUGUAGGUCGUGACGCUUGGAACGACAAACUUAUCAAAGCUCGUGAUAAGUUUGAAAAGCGAACCCCGAGAGGUGCACGCUACAAGCUGCAUCGUCUGUCAAGGGAGAAAGGAUUACCCUGCCUUUCUUGGGGAGACUCGUGCCCAUGUUGUGUGAACAACUCUGCACGAGCACCUAAGGAGGCUUACCUCCUUACCAGCCCGUGGUGA